GAAAUAACAAACCCGCAAAUCCACACGCCACCGCGCGGCCAGCCACCGCCGCACGAACGAACCCAGCGGCAAAAACGGGCGCGAUCCCCACCGCCCCGCGGGCCGCCGCGGCGUCGGCGGCGGCGGCAAUGGAGGUCGCCUCCUCGUCCUCCGCCUCGCCUUCCGCGCCGCCGCCGCCGGCAUCAUCUAAGCCGGCGCUCCGGCUCAACCCCGCGGCCGUCCUCCUCCGCCGCCUCCCCACCCCGACCCCGACCACCGCGACCCCCGUCACCGCGUCAGCGUCCCCCGAGCGGCCCGGCGGCGCGGCCAACCCGCUCGUCGCCUUCCUCUCCUCCCUCAUCCCCUGGCGGGAGCAGCGGCCGCCGAAGAAACAGCCGGACCACCCCGCCGCAACCGCAUCGGCCUCCGCCUCCGCCGCCGCGGCACGGAGGGCCGCCAAGGCGGCGGCCGAGGAGGAGGCGGAGGCGCGGCAGCUGGUGGGCUGCGCGGUGCCGCUGUUCCGGCCGUACGUGGCGCAGCUCCCGUGGCACGGCGGCGCGCGGGCGUGGCUGUCCAAGCUCUUCCCCCGCUACGGCCACUACUGCGGGCCCAACUGGUCCAGCGGCAAGGAGACCGGCUCCGUGCUCUGGGACCGCCGCCCCGUCGACCACCUCGACUUCUGCUGCUACUGCCACGACAUGGCCUACGACACCCACGACCAGGCGCAGCUCCUCCGCGCCGACCUCGCCUUCCUCCGCUGCCUCGAGAGCAGCCGCCAGACCCCCGCACGCGACGGCAUCGCCGCCGCCGCCAUCUACCGCGCUAUGUGCAUCUUCGGACUCAAGACGAUCCUGAUCCCGUACCGGACGAACCUCGUGCGGCUGCAGACCGGCCCGAAUUACGCCGAUUUCUUCGCCGAUUUCCUGAAGAGGGUCGCGUCUUCGUCGGGCAGGCCGACCGGCGGCGAGAAGCAGAGAUUGUGAACGGAAUUGCUCGCCUGAUGGUAGAUGGCGCCGAAUUAAUUAAUUGGGGGAAUGAGAUCGUAGUAAUUGUCCAUAGCUUGAGUUCAGGUCCUUGAUCCACGUAUGGCGAGGGAACUUUGUUAUCCAGUCUAAUUGGUUGAUUGUAGCCACUGAUGAUAAAGUUGGGAUUUUCUACUGUGAAUAUAGCGUAUUUGUAGGUUCGAACGUGAUCGUAGCAAAUAUUCAAAUGUCCUGCCCUUGACUGAUAAGAUCAGUGCAAUAUAGAACUCUGCGUUCAAAAUCAAGA